AUGGAAGCAAGAUGCCAACUACAAGAUUGCUUGCUUCAGCUGCAAGAUAUAUACACUUUGGCUAUUACUCUUUCUCAUCAGCAAUAUUCCUUAACCAGAUCCCAGGGGCUUCGAGUCAUCAUCCUCUCUCUAGAUGGAGGUAGGGGAAAAGUAAGCAUUCUGCCACAGCUUGAUAGCCAAGGUUAUGUCAAGAAUGUUAUUGCUUGCCAAGGUUAUUCUCCUUUUCCUACUAACGAGACUUGUUUGUUUUACCACAGAACUACAAGGCUCAGAGGAAUGCGGUUCUGUGCGCUGCAGGAAUUGUUCUCUACCGGUAACAUCAUCAGCUAUUUUCACUCACACGCACACACAAAAGUUCUCCGCGUAAUUCACAGUUAUCAUCAGCUAUUUGUUUUGAUUGACAGGUGA